UUCCAGAGUGCUCCACGACCAGGGCCAUCUUUGGUCGUCCUCGCCGGUGACAGUGUGUGGACAGUGUAUUCCAUUGUGGUCAUUAAAAAAAAAAAAAAGAGAGAAAGAUUAAUAAAUAAUAUCCAACUUUUGAAACGAGCCGUUUGGAAGAAACAACAGCAACAGUCGGACCGAGAAGGAGAAGGCAUAAAGAGGGCGAAGACGGGAGAGGCGCUGCUUGCAACAUGGAUGAGGAAUAUGACGUGAUCGUUUUGGGCACCGGGCUCACGGAAUGCAUUCUGUCCGGGAUCAUGUCUGUGAACGGGAAGAAGGUUCUGCACAUGGACAGGAACCCCUACUACGGUGGAGAGAGCUCUUCCAUCACCCCCCUGGAGGAGCUCUACAAACGCUUCACCCUCCCAGAUAGUCCGCCGGAGUCCAUGGGCAGAGGAAGAGACUGGAACGUUGACCUCAUCCCCAAGUUUCUCAUGGCCAAUGGUCAACUUGUGAAGAUGCUGCUAUACACAGAAGUGACACGGUACCUCGACUUUAAAGUCGUGGAGGGAAGCUUCGUCUACAAAGGAGGAAAGAUCUACAAGGUGCCGUCGACCGAGACCGAGGCACUGGCUUCAAAUCUGAUGGGGAUGUUCGAGAAGCGGAGGUUUCGCAAGUUCUUGGUCUUCGUGGCCAAUUUCGACGAGAACGACCCCAAGACCUUUGAGGGCGUCGACCCUAAAUCCACGACAAUGAGGGACGUCUACAAGAAGUUUGACCUUGGCCAGGAUGUCAUCGACUUCACCGGCCACGCCCUGGCCCUCUACAGGACAGAUGACUAUCUGGACGUUCCCUGUUUGGACACGAUCAAUCGUAUCAAGCUGUACAGCGAAUCGCUGGCACGGUAUGGGAAGAGCCCCUACCUCUACCCCCUGUACGGUCUGGGAGAGCUGCCGCAGGGAUUCGCCAGGUUGAGUGCAAUCUACGGAGGGACCUACAUGCUGAACAAGCCAGUGGACGAGAUAGUGAUGGAGGGUGGACAUGUGGUGGGAGUGAAGUCCGAGGGCGAGGUGGCUCGUUGUAAGCAGCUCAUCUGUGACCCCAGCUACAUCCCCGACCGCGUCCGCAAGGCGGGCCAGGUGAUCCGCGUGAUCUGCAUCCUCAGCCACCCCAUCAAAAACACCAAUGACGCCAACUCCUGCCAGAUCAUCAUUCCUCAGAAUCAGGUCAACCGCAACUCGGACAUCUACGUGUGCAUGAUCUCCUAUGCUCACAACGUGGCGGCCCAGGGGAAGUACAUCGCCAUCGUCAGCACCACAGUGGAAACCAGCGAGCCCGAGGCCGAGAUCGAACCCGCCCUGGAGCUGCUGGAGCCCAUCGACCAAAAGUUUGUGGCUAUUAGUGACCUUUACGAGCCCACAGACGAUGGAACUGAGAGUCAGGUCUUCGCCUCGAGUUCCUACGAUGCCACCACUCACUUCGAGACCACCUGCAACGACAUCAAGGACAUCUACAAGCGCAUGACCGGCAGCGACUUUGACUUUGAGAACAUGAAACGCAAACAGAACGACGUGUUCGGGGAGGAUGAGCAGUGAGCGGUAUGGGAGGGGCUACCGAGAGAGAGGGCGUGGCCGAAAUGGGGGCGAAUCAGGCGGCGGAGCCCCGUGGACAGAGGGGGGGGGGGGGGGGGGGGGGGGGGGCGUCUGAGCAGUGCUUUAGAAACUAAAAUUGGGGGGUGGGGUCAAAUGUGGCAAAGGGGGCGUGUCCCAUUGCUCCGCCUGCCCUGAGCCGUUUGCCUCCUUUUCCUCACGUCCCUCUCUCGACACGCGUUCAAACACAUAGAUGCUCACACACACACACACACACACACACACACACACGCGCGCUGUUCAAA